AUGAUAUCUUUUAAGCCAACUACAACUCGUUUUCGUCCAUUCAUCAGUACGCAGAUUUUAUCCAAGUUAACAACAAUGACAAAAACUACACCAAAAAUGUUGAAAAAAACAAUAUCGCCAUCUGAAUCCAUUUCAUCACCAUCACCUUUCCAAGAGGAUUAUGCAAUGAUGAAAGGAGAUUUCAUUGAAUAUUCUACAACAACUGAGCCAUAUAUUGGUCCAUCGACAUUUGGCUACAACAAACGAGUUUGCCUUCUGAAUGCUAUCGGUAUUCCGGUACUUCAUGCUGAAUCACAAUAUAGUGCUAUUGGAUCAUGGAUGCGUGAUAAUUUACCUUUCAGUCAAGAAAUGGCAGAACGACGAUGGGUUACGGAUGAUUAUGCUUCACCGGUUCUUUAUGAAUAUGAAAACGAAAAACAAUUAAUGAAUAAAAAACAAAAUAUCAAAUAUUACAUAGAUUACUUGGCAUCCGGUACAGGUAAUAUUAUCUACAAUGGUUCAUAUUACUAUCAUCGGCAUAGCUCAAGUAUGCUAGUUAAGUAUGACUUAGAUUCAACUGAUGAAACACAGAAGGAUUUGGGUACUAUUUCAUAUCUGGACUGUUCAAGAAGGCAAGAUUAUACAUUUGAGAAUUGCAACGAAACGGAACGUGACGUAUGGUUAUAUAAUCGUCCUCAUAACUACGUUGAUUAUUCGGCUGAUGAAAAUGGACUUUGGGUAGCUUAUGUACGAUCUGGCAUGCAACAUAUAACAAUUAGUAAAAUUGAUCCGAAUAUGCAUGUUGUUCGAACUUGGGAUAUUUAUGAAUUGAAUGCAACGAGCGUAGCUGAGACAUUCAUUAUGUGUGGAAUAUUAUAUGGUUUAAAAAGUGCCACAGAUCGAGAUACUGUAAUUGAUUUUGCCUAUGAUUUAUUUAGGAAUGAAACAAUAGAUGUAAGUAUAAAAUGGUAUAAUCCUUACGGUGGCUUGACCAUGUUACAUUAUAAUCCGGUCGAUGGACGCUUGUAUUUCUUCGAUUCAAAGCGAUUAUUGAGUGUAAAUGUCCGUGUAGAAGGUCAAAUUGAUCAGUUUAGAUUUUCCAAGUUUGAUUGA